UUUAAACAGAAAACUAACGGGGCGUCUUGUUCUGCUCAUCUCCUCGUUUUGUCCAGGUGCCGCGCGCUAUAACACCACCAGUGGUUAACCCAACCCUAAAGAUCACAGCUAGCCAAAUUAUAAUCAUUCCAAAACUUACAGUAGCAGGCAGAGAGAUAGGUUAUUUGCUGGGAAUCAGGCUGCAAUGGCUGGUGAUGGAAGCAAAAAAUCUAAAGUAUCAACAGCUCCACCUAGAAAAAUCAAUGUUCAAAAAUUUGCAGAAACCCGGGCAUCUGAACUGGAGAGUCUUCACUCAAUCGUAUCAAACCGGCUAAACAACAAUUUCCGGUCUCAAAGAAACAAGAGAAGAAGAACCACUGCUUAUGAAAAUCAAGCUGCGAAAAAGAGAAAUCGAAAGAGACGUAAUUUAGGCCUCCUCGGUAAAGCCAAUGAUGACCUGUCUUCGGCUUCAGAAAAUAAAGAGCCAAGGAAAGUCCCUCGCCGAGUUCGCAGGAGAAUUGAGCUGAAAAAGAAUCCAGAAUCUGGUUUUGCUACUUCUGGCGAUGGCACCAGGAGAUUGAGAACUCACGUCUGGCAUGCCAAACGUUUUACAAUGACUAAGCUUUGGGGAUUUCACCUUCCUCUUGGUUUGCACGGCAGAGGGAGGGGAUCCAGGGCUCUAUUGAAGUGGUACAGAGACGGAGCGGUUGUGCAUGAUGCAAGCUACCAUACUGCUGUCCAGUUGGAGGGUCCAGAGGAGUCAUUAGUUUCAAUUCUAAAUAUGGUACUAGUGCCUUCUCCAUCAGCUCAAUCUCGCGAUAUUGCCAAGUCUAUUCUUACCGGUGUUAUCUAUGGCACUGCUAUGCUGCAUCAUGCUGGAGCACCUGUUUCUCAGCCGAUAGCUCCUGUGAACUAUAUGUGGCGACCUUCUUGUCUUCGCAAUAGAGAAAAUGGCAAUAACGAACAUAGUUCUGGUGGAUGUAAUGAAACUCAAAUCUCUGAUGCUUGUUCUUCCCAUCGUCAACUUUGGGUGUGGAUACAUGCUUCAGCUUUUAGCGAGGGAUAUGAUGCUCUGAAAUUCGCUUGUCAGAAACAGAUGAAUGAGAGUGGCAUUUUGAUCAAUUGUUUGUCACUUGAAGGCCAGCUUGCAAAGUUAGAAGUAAUGGGAUCACAGGCAUCGGAACUUUUACAAAAGACAUUACAUCCUUUUUCUUGUAAUUCAGAUAAUUCUUGGCAAUUGAGGAAUUGCUCUGUUUUAGAAGUUGAUGGUGACUCUGAGUUGAAGAAAUCUAUAUUUCAAAGCAAGAACUUUUCUCCUUGUUCAGUUUUAUCUCUUGCUGUCAAGGAUCCUCGUUCACUGCCUGUAAAUAUUGCUGACAUUCCCAAGCCAACCCCUACUAGUGUACUCAAUAAUUUUCCAGAAGAUCAAGCAACAGAGCAUGAUGCCUUAACUGUAAAUUUUGGAAAUGGUGAAAAACAUCCUCACUCAUUGCUUUCAGAACCUGAAAGGAGUAGCAGUGUCCCUGACAAUAGGAGUUUGUGGGAUGCAAGCAGCAGAGUAACUCCCCCAGUGGAAGAGAAUGUUCUUUGCUGGGAAAGGCAUCAUUUGCGUUUGGAUUUUAUCUGCCUUGAUGGUUGUAAAUCAAGGACACCGAAUACUUCAACUAAGGUGCAGGGUUCAACAUCUUGCCCUAUUCUGCUUCUUACAAACAGUAACGGAAUGGACUCACUGAUGCGAUGGUCUGUUAUACUCCCCUUAAGCUGGGUUAGGGUCUUCUGGAUUCCUUUCGUCUCCAAAGGAGCACAUGCAAUAGGUCUGAGAGAAAAGCGAUGGAUUGCUUGUGAAGUUGGGCUGCCACAAUUUCCUUCUGAUUUUCCUGAUUGUAAUGCGCACUUAUCUUUUAUGGUGAACGAAAGUGCUGCCCUUGACCACAAAGUGGAACAACUACCUCCUUCUGUAAGACCUCUGAAAGUUCCCAUGCCUUUCCCAUGGAAUAGUGUCCGUCUUGCUCUUGAUAAAGGAUCUGCUAUAGUUCAAGAUCCUCAAAUUUCUGGUCGAAAAGAUAACAUUGAUGACAAUUCAUUAUUGAGCUCAGAAGAUGGGGAUUGUGCAAAAACAGCAGCCACUGGUCAUUGUAAUUCAUUUGAUGGAUUUGUAGGACGGACAUCCAGUAUACUGAUUGAUUUCUUGAGUGAAAUCCAUGCCAGUCAUUUGCUUUUGUUUCCUCACAUUCCAAAUAAGAAGACAAGGCUUUCAGAGCUUAUGAAGGAUGAAAGCAUCCUCAGUAAAGGUCAAUGUAGUGCCCACCAAAUCACUUCUAAUCGUAGAUUGUGUUUCAUUAGAGUUCUUCUACAUGCAUACAAGGAAGGUUUUUUUGAAGAAGGAGCAGUUGUUUGCGCUCCCGGUCCAAGUGAUUUAUCCAUGUGGAUUUCUAGAUCAGAAAAUAAUGAAGGUGGACUUCAAAUUUCCCAGUCAUCUGUGGGUUCAUAUUUCAAAGAGCAACCUUCUAGUGAGUGGGAACUCUGGAUACCGCAGGACCCUGUGGUAAGAGAAUCUCAUAGAUGGCCUAUUGGUUUUGUCACUGCUGGAUUUGUUCGAGGGAGCAAGAAGCUAGUGGCUGAGGCUUUUUGUGAGGCAGUUUUGCUAGCUCAGCUUAGGGAGGAGCAGUGGAGUGGGAUGCCUGUGAAGCAAAGGAGGAAGGAAAUAUAUGUCCUUGUUAGGAACCUGAGAUCUUCUGCAUAUAGACUCGCCCUUGCCACUUUAGUCCUGGAACAAGAAGAAGAAGAUGUGGUAUUCUUGUGAGAUGGUUGCGCCGGUGGGUUUUUCAUAUCCAUAAAGGUGCUUUAUCCUUGCUCUCUAGCUUAACUAUAGGUAACACAGAGAAUUUUACUGGAGUAACAUACUGGUCAUCAUGGUGUUGUUUUCAUCAAUGUUGAUGAAAGGAAAAGGAAGAGAGGAGCAACAAUACUUCACCCCGGCAAAACAAGUAUUUGAGGUGCAUCUUGUAACAUGAGAGUGGGCGCAAGUGUUGGUAAUUUAUUAUUGUUAUUUUGUUUUGUUUUGAUCGGUGUCCACUGCACGCCAGCUGUGAAGUAUUGAUUCCAGUUCAGUUUCUGCAAUGCAAUUACGCCUCG